AUGGGAAAUAAUUAAUCUUAGGAAUCUUUAUCUAAGUCAAAUUCAGAUGUUAAAGUCUUAGAUGUUAAGAAAUUUAUAAGUAUUAAAAGAGACCCAGUUACAGGAAAAUUGAUUGGUGUUCCUAAAGAAUGGGCAUCUCAUCUUGAUGCUGACUAAAAAUAAAUUGUAGAGACUAAUUAACUUCCAGAAGAAGUGAAAAUUCAUAAAUUACCUGAGAGUAUUUUAGAUUUACAAAAUUCUAUUCAAAACUAAAAGAAUUAGAGAUAAGAAUUUAUAAUAGAUAGAAAUGCAAAUUUAGGUCUGAAGGGUCUGGACAUUGAAAUAGAAAAAUAAAUAUAUAAUAGCGGUGUGAGUAGGAAUGAAAUUAUUAAAGAUUCUGAUAACUUUAUCUCUAUACUUGAAAUAUAUGAUGGAAAAGAAUUAUCAUGUAAAUAAAACUUUAGUGAGAUGACGUAAACUGAAUUUUUGAUUGAAAAUCCUGCUCAAAAGUAUAUAUUUAAUGAAUAAAUUGAUAAAGGGGUAAAUUGUAAACUUUAUAAAAUAAUUGAUAGACAACUAAAUAAGGUUUUGGUUGCUAAGGUAUUUAAAUUUCAUGAUAACUUUAAUUGUUAUCACUUUAAAAGAGAAAUAAGUUAAAUUCAACAAUUGGAGUGUCCAUAUAUUGUAAAAUAUUAUGAAACAUAUCUUUAUAGUGGAUGUUUGUAAAUAAUCAUAAUAAUACUAGCUUCAUAAUAUAAGAGUUUAUGAAUUUUGGAAACCUAAAAAAAUUGAUCAGACUUUAUGAAAAAAAGAUUGAUGAAUCAAUAAUUGGAUAUAUACUUUAUCAAAUAAUGAUAGGUUUGAAAUAUUUGCAUUUUAAAGGCAAAAUUCAUAAACAUUUAAGUUCAAAAAAAGUAUUGAUUAAUGAAAAAGGAGAUGUCAAAUUGUUGAUUAUUGAUUGCAAAAUUGAAUUUAAAAAAGAUAAGGAUCCGUAUUGGAUUGCCCCAGAAAUAAUAGAAUAAUAAAUUAUACAAGAAAUAUCUGAUAUUUGGGGUUUAGGAAUCAUAGCAUAUGAACUCUCAGAACUAAAUCCUCCUUAUUUUGAUGAACAUCCUAUAAGAGUUAUGUACAACAUAGUGAAUUAACCUGCUCCUAAAAUUAGUAAGCAAAGAAGCUCUCAAUUUUAAGAUUUUACUCAAAAGUGUUUAAUUAAGGUAUUUUUUCUCAAUAUUUAGAAUUAUGAGAAAAGAUCCUAAUUAAGAGAUUUGCUGAAACAUGAUUUUAUAAUCUAAAACAGGGAGAGAGGAAGAUAAAAUCUAAUUGAUUUAUUCAAGAAUAUGAAUGUAGAUUAAAAAUAGAAAUUGAAAAAAAACAAUAGUUUAAAAUGA